AUGUCGUCCCCAAUGCAACAAGUUGAACUUCCCACUGCCAAGUGGGGAACUUUGGGGCAACCGCUGCAACAUGAAGGCAGCCAUAUGACCCAACAACAGUCACACCAGCACCCUCUCGUGGACAUCGAAUCCCGGAACUCGGCGUGGAUUUGUGUCCUCGGCUCAUUCCUCUUUCUCAUGCCUUCGUUCGGGUUUAUGCAAUCCUCCGGGGCUAUACAGUCAUUUCUAUUGGAGAACCAGUUAAGAGACUACUCCGCCCGAGAUGUUGGUUGGAUCACAGGAGUCUACAGCUUUCUCACGAUGCUCCUCGGUAUACAGGCAGGUCCACUGAUGGAUGUUUACGGGCCCAAGCUCCUUGGACCGCUCGCAGCGGGAUUAAUUGUCCUGAUGUUCCUCCUACUCGCAGAGUGUGCAACACUUUGGCAGUUUAUACUCUGCUUGGGUGUUUUAGGAGGUAUUGGGAACGCUAUCGCUACGACCGUGGGCAUUGCUGUGAUUGGAAAACUCUUCAAUCGCCGUAAAGGUUUGGCGCUAGGCCUCGCCUUGUCCGGAUCCUCAACCGGAGGGAUCAUAUUUCCCUUGGCCCUUAGACAGAUGUUCCCCAUGUGGGGAUGGGAGUGGUCGAUGAGGGCCAUCGGAUUUCUUACUAUACUGAUCAUGGUCCUGGGCAUCAUCUGUCUUCUUCCAUUUACGAGCUUGCACACCGCGUUAGAGAGCGAUGGCGUAUCUGCAGGAAGAAACAGAAAGAAAGCCGUGAUGGACUUUUCCGCCUUCAGCUCGGUACCCUUCUCGCUAAUCUGCGGCGCCAUUGCGCUUCUCGAGUUUGUCAUUUUCGGUGCGACAGCAAUUCUUCCCACCCUGGUGGCUUUGUCGGGUUUCCCAAUGGAGCAUGGCUUCAACAUGCUAGCCAUCCUCAACGGCUUGUCGUCGCUUGGCCGUAUUCUCCCCGGGCUGGUAGGCGAUCGCCUGGGUCAUUACAACAUUCUCCUUGUGAUGAUCGUUUUCACACUUAUAUGCACCGCCGCAACACUCACUGCGUUUGGAUCGACCCGAAUCGAAGCUUUGUAUGCUUUUUCUGCACUUUGGGGCUUCGGAACAGGAUCAUUUCUCUCCCUUGCGCCUGGUAAGUCCAAAUUUGUACUUUUGAAUAUGACCUGCAUUGGCUCAUAG